UCGCCGCUAGAGGUCGUCUGUCUGUCCUGGACCGCGUUCGUACUCAGCCUCAGCCUCCAGUCGGUGACCGUGAUCGUGCCGUGCUCGUGUGCCCUCUUGCUAUAGGCUGCUGCGACCGGAUCAAUCGAGUCCGAAGGUUGUGCUGUGGGUUUGCCGCGUCAGUUUCAAAAAGUGGCGCGCGCUCUUGUCUCCAACGGUCGUCUCCUAAUAUGAUUCCUUGAGAUGUGGGACAUGGCGCGGGCGGACAGUGGUAAUGAGACACUCUUCUCCGAAGAGUCUUCACCGGAGAUUCCACCCAGCGCGGACACCCCUCCUAGAAUAACCGGAGCUCUUACCAAGGGGAAGAUAGUGAUCCGGCCAGUGGCAUUCAAGCCAGUGACAACUUCUAGUGCCCGCUUCACUAACCAUGGCGAGCGGUACGGCUCUACCCCUAUUCUCACCAGGCCUGGCAGCCAUCUCACUCUGUAUGGCAGUAGCAAUGACUUGCGACACCAUCACACGAGCAAUUCCAACUUCUCACUGGACCGGAAGCUGAUGUCGCCCUCACCUUUGGCACUCUCCUCCCUCCCUCUGCCAACUGGCUGUGGCCGUCUGGUCGGCUAUGAGAGCCUUGAGUCUGUACACAAGAGCAAGCCCAGGUCCAGCCGACUUGUUGGCUAUGAUAGCCUUGAGAGUGUCCAUAAACCUUCCAAUACUCGUAGUGAACACCUCACCAGGAUGCUAGCGUCUGAGGGGUCCGGGAGUCUGGCAGACCUGACGCCAUCCCCGUGUGAGUCUGGAGUCAUGGCGGAGCUGGAGGCAGCUCUAAGAGAGCGAGACUCUGAGGUAGCCUACCUACGCCAGACUAUGGAGCACAAUGAACAGGUCAUCUUUCGUGUGUAUCAGGAGAAGGAGAGAGCCUGGGAGCGGGAGAUGAGACGUACCAAGACACUUCACGAGAACCGACUGCGAGCUGCCGCUCAGAAAUCUCACAAAUUGGAGCAGAUGCUAAUGAUGCAAACUUAUCAGCUCCAACAAGACAAGAAAAGACUGAGAGAGGAUUUGGACAGGUCUGAGCGCGAGAGCAGUGAACUGCGGCAGGAGAUAGACCUACUGCGGAGCCGAUUGGAGGAGACGGAGUGGGGGCUGUGCCAAAAAUCGGGGGAACUUGCCCUGCUCAAGUCUCAACUAAAAGAAACUCAGGGAGAGCAGGCAACAAAAGGACAUGAAGUUAUAUCAUUAAAAAAUGAAGUGAGAGAGUUAAGACUAGAAGUAGAUCAGAAAAAUAAGGAAAUUUCUGCUCUUCGAAUAGGAGCAGACAAUCGAAAACAACAAAAAGCUGAAAUUGAUGAGCUAAAUAUACAAAUCAACGAACUAAAAUCAAAACUAGAACUGAUCCCAAAAUCAAUGGCAGCCAAAGACACACAGGCCCCAUUGUCCGAUACAGAGGCACUGCAGGAGGAAGUCUCUCGACUGACUGAGAAGCUGCGGCAGGAGCACUUAGAAUGGGAGAGGGAACGAGUACAAUGGGCACAGGAGAAGGAAAAGGUGCUCAGUUACCAACGUCAACUCCAGCUCAACUAUGUGCAGAUGUAUCGACGCACUCGUACUCUGGAGGGUCAGAUACAGGGCCUCACCCUAGAGAUGGACGUUGAGUCGAAGAACCGCACAAAAGUGACCUCGUUGAACGCCAUCCAGUUAUAAUACCAAUUAUGCAUUAAAAAGAAAUCAAACUAUUAAUUAUUGUAUUAGCACAUUUCCCUUAUCAAAGUGAACUAUUGAGAUGGUCUCACUUCGUAACUCAGAGGAAAUAUUUUAUUUUUAUACCAUUUUUAACUAAAAAAGGAACAAUUUGGUGAUUUUUUCAGAUUAGGUGUGUUAUUUAUAAAUGUUUAAAUCUUGUAAGACUUGUUGCAUUAAGUUGAUAUGUAAUAUACUUAUUAAUAUUAAUUGGCUGUUAUGUUGUUUCUAGUUCACAAACCAGCAACACUGGUUAAAACCUCUGCUAGUGUCUUAUGUCUUACAACCACAGAUUCUAUAAAAACUAUACUUAUUAUUACAUUUAUACAAGCUUCUUCAUUAUGUCCUUAAACUGGAAAUCCAAAAUUGAAAUAAAUUAUUUAAUAAUUUAAUUUUUAAGUUAGCAUUAUUAGAAUAUCAUGCUAGUUUACUAAUUCCAAUAUUUAAAAAAAUUGUUGGAUUAAUUCAAAAAUAGGCACUUGAAUAACAUUUCUGUGGAAAGGUGCUUGAUCAAAUACCGACUGUAGAACCACCUGUGCGUCUGUUCAUGCAUAUUGCUAGAACCAGCCAAAUCCUUAUAGUUUUAAGAAAAUAUUGGGUGUAGAAUAAAAAAUUCUCUCAUUUAAAAUAAUUUAACAAUAUUUUACCACAUUUAAAUGAUAAAAAUUAGAGUAAAGGAUGGGAAAUGUGUUUACAGUAUCUACAGACAGUGAAUUAUUUUUAGUUUUAUUAUUUGACUGAAUCAAAUUAUAACUUAAAGACAGAGUUCCUGUUGAAAAUCAAAAUUUCUUGAACAUUUCAAAUAUUAUCUAUAUAUACUGUACUCAUUUUCUUAAUUAAAAAAAUUAUUUGUUAUUUUAAUAAUUACAGUUACCUUUAUCUACAAUUUAAUUUCUUCUAAAACAAUAUUUUUAAUAAAAAUACCUUUAUAUCAAAGUAUAAUUAUAAGAUAAAGUGUUAAAUACCACCUAGAUUAAAUUUUGUGUAUAGUUUUGUAAUGGGAUAAGUAUUCUCAUGUAUAUUGUGUUAAUGUGUGUAUAUUGGUGCUCAAACCAUCUGGUGUAACUAUUGUAUAGUAUUAAGACACAAGCCCCAUCUUGUUUUGAUAGUACUUCAUAUUGGAAGAAUUUUAAUUUUUAUGUUACUUAUGCAUAUUUAUGAAUUAAUUAGUGACUCAGAUACGAGUAUUAUUAGUAACUAAAUAUAUUGAAAGAAACUUAUUACAGACAGUUAUACUGUAUACUGCAGUCAAUGAGAUAUUUAAAUAUUAUUUAGUACACACAAUUCAUAUACAGAACUGUUUAUAAAAAUAUAGUUGGAUCCAAUCAAUGUAUUACUUUUACAAUCUAACAAUGUUGGAAGUUUGUUUUAAAUACAUUUAUACAAUGAUAAUAGUGUUAUAUACAUUAUUGUCUAUUUGUUGUAAUAGAAGCUCAAAAUUAAGCUUAAAAUAACUUUUUAGUGUAUUCUAUUCACUUAAUUUAUAUUGGGUGCACUACUACAAAUGUUCCAAAAAAGUCUUCUCUCCACAGACCAACAUCCUGGAUUACCAACCAUUUAUUCUCAGUAAACAGACCAGUGACCUUGACCUAUACGAGUUUGUGCCAGAGACCUGUGGAAAUGUUUUUCAAUUUUGUAUUGUGGUCUAUUUCAUUGGCUUGAAAUAUUGUUUUAGUCUACAGAUAUGCUGUUUUUGGCAUUUUUAUGUUUGUGAAUAUUUGCUUCUAAUGCUUGCCUGCAUCUCAAACUGUUCAAACCAAACCAUUUCAUAUAUUCACUUUUUAAAAGUUUAAUUAAAAAAUGUAGUUAUUUUAAAAGAAAGAUUUGGCUGCUACAUGGAGAAAAUUAUUUCACAUUUUUUUCAAAAUAACAAAAAUCUUUAUGUGUGUUUUUUAAUUAUAGCAUAGAUAUAACAAUAAACUAUUUUCAUAAGUAUUUUUUUAUAGACUGGAGCGUGGGGGUUACAAUAUUUACCUACAUUAUCACAGCCGAAAUAGUAUAUAUUGCUGUUAGUUCUUAUUACUACUAAGAUAAAGUAGAAACUAGCAUAUAUGUAUUGUUACAACUAAAAGGGGGAUUUAUCAUCAUAUCUCUGCUUCCAUAUACACUCCUUGUUAUUGGCCUAGACACUAUUCAAAAAAAUUUCCUCAAAUAAAACAAUAGUCCAUAUGCUUAUACUGUAUUGCCUGAAAAACCAUUACUUUUAUAAAACCCAAAAAGUAUUUUCCCAAAAGGUAAGAAAAGUAAACAUAGGGGUGCUGGUAAUUAUCAGGAUUAGUAACACUAUAAAAUAUUAUAAUAACUUAACUUAUAAAAAUGGAUCUCUGCACCCAAAGCUUUACCUUUUAUGUCAUUCAUGUUUUGUGUAAGGAGAUGAUUGGACAUCUUAAAUUCGGCAUAGGUCAAGUUGCAUAAUUUUAAAUGUUACAAGUAAAACAAGAUAUAGAAAUGGAUUCACAUAUUCCACAAAUUUAUUUAUAUUUAUAUGUUUCAUACAACAUACAACUAAAAAGUUUAAAUCCAGAAUGAUUUAGUUCAGGUCAGAACAUUGUAUUGUACAGAACACAAUUAAGGUUGUACUUGACAGAAGAUUGGAAAGUCAGUGAUAUUUGAGAAAUAUAGCUAAUAUAUCAAAAUCCGAUCAUUCUUAUAAAAAUACAGUAUGUAAGUUCUUCAAUAAUAAAAGGUCGUAGACCAUAUAAAAUGUAAUUUUAACAAUGCAAUAUUAAGUAGUUAUUAUACUAUAUUACUGAUAAUUAAUACUUAUUUGUGAUAUUACUUUUAUUUAUUUUUGUUAGACUACGGAAAUAUUUAUGAGGAUGUUAAUUUAUAGAGUGAUUUAUUAACUUAAUUGUCUACAAUAUUAAUAUAGAUUUUGCUCUUUAGAUAUGAGUUACAUAGUUUUUUUUAAGUAAUGUUGUAAUCAUGUAAUAUUUGAAUUUGUACCAUUUAUAAAGAUUAUUUUAAAUGUAGAUAAAUAAAGAAUUCAUUAACUUGUUUACCUUGAGUAUGGAGA